GUCGAGUGUUCUCAUGCUGUCGUAAGUAUAAAUCUCACUGUGCAUAUCUCCUCGUGGGCAAAACUAUCCCAAGCUUAAGUGCCACAGUAGCCCUCGGCGUUGCAGCUACAGUACCACUCCCACCUACCAUCUCACGAUGUAUUCAAUCAGUCGCAAUGUGAAACAUGCAUCAUCACUGAAGUCUCUCAGUGCUAUUUCGUCACGUGGUGUUGCGAAUGCACGAGAUAACUUCAAGUAUUUAGUGGGCACAUACGUCCGCCCAGAUAUUGAGUUCACUCAUGGAGAGGGGGUGCAUCUCUAUGACAGUGAUGGUCGCGAGUAUCUAGACUUCGCUGCGGGGAUCGCCGUAAACGCUUUGGGACACAGUCACCCGGCAUGGGUGAAGACUGUGAAUGAGUACUCCAGCAAGCUCGUACACGUCUCCAAUCUGUUCCACACACAACCCGCCGCCCAACUGGCGAAGAGUCUGGUGGAGCAUUCGUUUGCGGACAAAGUGUUUUUCUGCAACAGCGGCACAGAGGCAAACGAAGCGGCUAUCAAGUUCGCUAGGAAAUGGGCUCAUGUCAACUACCCAAACCACCAAAAGAACAAAGUAGUGUCAUUUUCAGGCGGCUUUCACGGCCGUACCAUGGGGGCGCUAUCCAUCACACCCAAUCCCAACUACCAGGACGCAUUCAGGCCAUUGAUCGGCAAUGUGCACACAGCCGAUUUCAACAACACAGAGACGCUCUCACAGCACAUUGACAGUCAGACGUGUGCGGCUGUCGUUGAGCCCAUUCAGGGCGAGAGUGGGGUCACACCCGCCAGAGACGAGUUCCUGGUUGCAUUGAGGAAGAUAUGCGAUGAGAAGAAUGUGCUGCUGGUGUUUGACGAGGUGCAGUGUGGCCUGGGUCGUACCGGCCGACUGUGGGGUCAUGAGAGUGACACCAUUGACGUGAAACCUGACAUCAUGACACUUGCCAAGCCCUUGGCUGGAGGACUUCCCAUUGGUGCUGUGCUGGUCACAGACGCUGUGUCGAGUACCAUCAAGCCAGGAGAUCACGGGUCAACCUUCAGUGGCGGUCCCUUAGUCUGUGCGGCAGCACAGACCACCUUCGAUAUCAUCAACUCAGACACCUUCUUAUCCAACGUGCGCGCAAAUGGCGAGUACCUUGUCAACGGCCUAGAGAGUCUGCGUGCCAAGUACCCUGACCUAGUAUCUCAGGUUAGAGGAAGGGGUUUGAUGAUGGGCAUGGUUUUGACCUGCCCGGUGGCGGAUGUGGUGACGAAAGCUCGAGGGAAUGGGGUUCUCGUGAUAUCCGCUGGCCCGAAUGUGCUGCGAAUGCUGCCACCGUUAAUUGUGGAGAAGAAACACAUCGACCACGCACUUGAAGUGAUUGACAAUGCCUUGGCUGCUCAGGGUGGGAUUUCAUGAUGGACCCUUUCUCCCUCACUUUCACUCAACACACACACACAGGAUCUCUCGGGGGCCUACAAAUGGGGAAAAAGCGUUCCGGACAGAUUUCAAGUUCAAUAAAAGAAAUAGGGACUCUACAGCUACGCUUUCGGUGAUAAAUACUACACUUAAGCAAAUGCAGAAUUUACGAAGGGACAUGCGCAACUACUACCAGGUUAGUUCAUUCUGGCCUAGAGACGUAUGUAUACAAAACUCCACAGCGCUAAUGAAUAAUUGCGCAAUAGAAUACAUCACGGAAGACUACGCGCAGUUGCGAUCGCCAAAGUAGAACUAUUGACUCUUCGGCCAUUCAAUAGUGGAUACUACUAAUAAGAGAUAUGUAAU